AUGGGUAGCCUUGGAGGACAUUGGCCUACAGAGAUCGGUGUGUGUGAUGAAGAAAGCAUCGACGACGUUAUCGAACAAUGGAGUGAUCGCUUCGUGGAAAUUGUCUGGGUAAAUGCGCCUCUCCAUAGUGCCCUCGACAUGGUGCACCUGACGUAUGGAAAUCAAGCCGGCGUAGACGCUCUAUACUCGCAUGCUGCACUCCUCGUAACUAUACCCGCCCUUACGAGUGAUGAGACGGAGGAAUGA